UCCUUUCCCAGCUGCGCACUGUGGACUUAGAGCAAAAUAUCUGCUGACAUAAUGCCAGUGACUGUAAUUGCUUCAUCUCUGACUUUGGGCAAUUUGUGUGACUUUCCCCCCAUCUCUGAAAUGGAGUAACAAUGCCUGCCUCAUAAGGAGUAUUGUGAAACUUAAUUUGGAAUAACGUGAACACUGCUGGUUAGUGAGUCUUUAGCACUGAUCAACAUGUUGGCAGAAGGCAUCCUAACUGGAAUCAUAUACAAAGAAAGAAAACAGGAUAUAGAUAAACCCCACAAAUGUCACAUAAAUAGAAGAGAUGAAAGGGAAACCUGGAAAGAUCACCUUAUAGAUACACCAGCAAUUAAAGAUUUUGCUUCAGAAUCUGAGAAGCAGAAUGAGAUCAUUGCAAAAGGUAGCAAAAUUGAAAAUAAUAAAGAACUUCAAUGGAAAUCUAAAGAAGAGCUACCUGCAAAAGAAUGUAAUGCACAUGUUACAGGGACAAUAUCUGCAGCUUUACAUAUACCAGGAAGAGAACAAAAUCAUGAAAACCAGGUGGAUUUAUAUAGAUCCUGGUCAUGCCACAGUAUUUAUCAAAACUAUCCUGACUUACAUAUUGGAGGAGACCAUGUAGGAGGCUAUAUGCAGGAUUCGGGUUGCAUUAUGGACCACAUAAGUGAUGAACUUGUUGAUGGCCCGGUUUUACUGUCAGGAGAUAUUCUAUUGGGUCAUUCCCCUCAAAAUGAGCCUCUUGAAAAAACAGCUACAAAGUCCUUGAAUGGUGAUGAAGGUGGAGAAAGGAGUAUGACACUCCACAAGCAGCCUCUUUCGAAUUCUGUGCUGAAUAACUACAUGGAUACAAAGGUGGAAGAGCUAUAUAAACAGUUUUUUGAAGAGAACCUUACCAGGUGUGGUUCUGUAACAAACCUCCUGACUUCCAGUUUGAUCAUGAAUAACCUAAAACAGAUAAACCUUCAGAUCUCCCAAGAACAGACUAUAGAAACAUGUAAAGCUAGAGAAGUGUUUUUACAUUCUUUAGCUUUGUUUAGUUUCCGCAAUGCUGCCAGUGGAAAUAGCUCUGAAUUUAGCACUCCAAAUUUACAGUUCUCCAACUUGCCAAGCAAGAGAAAGAGCUCCCGGGUACAGUUUACAUCAUAACUGAACUGUUUGGUUACAGCAGUGGUUCUCAAACUUUUGUACUGGUGACCCCUUUCACACACAAGCCUCUG